CUAACCUCUAAAAUAGCAACUCUUCAAAGGGAUUUAAAUUCUAAGCAGUUUCCUACAUUUACAAUUAAAAUUCAUAGUAUUAAAAUGAUUUAAAAUUCCAGUUCCUAUUUCUUAGGAUCACAAGUGUGUUUAGCUAAACAUUCAAACAACAUGUAUUCGAAGAUGACAUGUUUUAAAAAGUGUUUGUGAGAUAAUAGGCUCGGCGAUUUCAUAACUAAAAAUAUCGUGGACUGAAUUUUAAAUUGUGUGUAUAUAAAUUUAUUACCUACCAAAGUAUUUCAAGAUGUUUGAGAUAACAGAUGUGCAAAAGAUUGGAGUUGGACUCGCUGGUUUUGGAGUAUUUUUCCUAUUCCUAGGAGUUAUUUUGCUCUUUGAUCGUGGCCUCCUAGCUAUUGGCAAUAUUCUAUUUGUUGCUGGCUUAGCAGCAGUUAUUGGUUUCGAACGGACAUUCAGGUUUUUCUUUCAGAGGCACAAAACAAGAGCAUCCAUUGCAUUUUUUGGAGGGAUUGUAAUAAUUCUGUAUGGGUGGGCCUUUGUUGGCACACUCCUAGAGCUGUAUGGAUUUGUGCUAUUAUUUAGUGGGUUCUUCCCAGUUGCAAUAAACUUUUUAAGAAGAGUUCCAGUCCUUGGAACCUUUCUCAAUCUACCAGGAAUCAGUAUGGUAGUUGAUCGUCUGGCUGGUGACUCAGGCCGCACGACUGUGUGACAGUGGUAGUGCUGCCAUUUGGCGGUCCGAGGCGAGAAUCGCUCAAACUUCCCCAUUCCUCCCACACUCACCAGACUAUGUGUUAAUAUGAAUGUUCUGAUUCCAUCACCGUUUUAUUGUGAUGUGUUGUAUAUCUUUUUGUUAUUCUAGUUGUAAUAUAAUCCAAUUGUUUGGACAA